UCUCACACACACAGCCCCCCUCGUCUCACAAAACAAAAAAAAAAAAAAGUAAAUAAAAAACACCCACACACACUGUGAUAGUUCUUGAUUCACACUUUAAAUGCGAAAAGCGCGGAAAAUUCAUUCAUAAAAGCAUUGGAAAACCUCUAUAUGGACACGAGAAGCAAGCUAAGCAGCAAAACACACAAGCCACAAAAAGUAAAUUUAUAAAUAAAUAAAUAAUAAAUAAAAAGACCAAGUGCAAUACGAAAGAUUGGCUAAACAACCACAGUUUUGGAAGCGAAAGGGCAGCUAUAUAAAGCUAUAUACAUACAUAAAUAUAUAUAUAUAACACUCUAUUAAAUACUGUAUACAACGUUUUACAUAUUUACAAAACAAAACCCAAGUUAAACUAAAACUAAAACUACAACUAAAAAGCAAGCAAGCUAAAUUCAAAUUCAUUCGACUGCAAAGAGAGGCCAGAUUGCGCAUACGCCUCGUAUGCCCGCGGCAUGAGCCACCGUGUGUGUGUGUGUGAAUGUGUGUGCGUGCGGUGUUAGCGGUUGCAACAACUGAUACCAAGUGUACAUAUACAUAACUAUUUGGCCAAUCAACUGCAGCGACAUCGUCAUCGUCAUCGGCAACCAGCAAACGUUACAAACGUCACCAAAGCUUCGCAUUUCUCAUUAAUAAUUAUGUAUACGCAACGUAUGUUUGACAUGUGGAGCAGCGUCACUUCGAAACUGGAAGCACACGCAAAUAACCUCGGUCAAAGCAACGUCCAAUCGCCAGCGGGACAAAAUAACUCCAGCGGUUCCAUCAAAGCUCAAAUCGAGAUAAUUCCAUGCAAAGUCUGCGGCGACAAGUCAUCGGGCGUGCACUACGGCGUUAUCACCUGCGAGGGCUGUAAGGGCUUCUUCCGGCGCUCGCAGAGCUCCGUGGUGAACUACCAGUGUCCUCGGAACAAGCAAUGCGUGGUGGAUCGCGUUAAUCGCAACCGCUGUCAAUACUGUAGACUGCAAAAGUGCCUAAAAUUGGGAAUGAGUCGUGAUGCUGUAAAGUUCGGCAGGAUGUCCAAGAAGCAACGCGAGAAGGUCGAGGACGAGGUGCGCUUCCAUCGAGCCCAGAUGAGGGCUCAGAGCGAUGCGGCACCCGAUAGCUCCGUGUACGAUACACAGACGCCCUCGAGCAGCGAUCAGCUGCAUCACAACAACUACAACAGCUACAGCGGCGGCUAUUCGAGCAACGAGGUGGGCUACGGCAGUCCCUACGGCUACUCGGCCUCCGUGACGCCCCAGCAGACCAUGCAGUACGACAUUUCGGCGGACUAUGUGGACAGCACCACCUACGAGCCGCGCAGUACAAUAAUCGAUCCCGAAUUUAUUAGUCACGCGGAUGGCGAUAUCAACGAUGUGCUGAUCAAGACCCUGGCGGAGGCGCAUGCCAACACAAAUACCAAACUGGAAGCUGUGCACGACAUGUUCCGAAAGCAGCCGGAUGUAUCGCGCAUUCUCUACUACAAGAAUCUGGGCCAGGAGGAACUCUGGCUGGACUGCGCCGAGAAGCUUACCCAAAUGAUACAGAACAUAAUCGAAUUUGCUAAGCUAAUACCGGGAUUCAUGCGGCUGAGUCAGGAUGAUCAGAUAUUACUGCUAAAGACGGGCUCCUUUGAGCUGGCGAUUGUUCGCAUGUCCAGACUGCUAGAUCUCUCCCAGAACGCGGUACUCUAUGGCGAUGUAAUGCUGCCCCAGGAGGCGUUCUACACAUCCGACUCGGAGGAGAUGCGCCUGGUGUCGCGCAUCUUCCAAACGGCCAAGUCGAUAGCCGAACUCAAACUGACUGAAACCGAACUGGCGCUGUAUCAGAGCUUAGUGCUGCUCUGGCCAGAACGCAAUGGAGUGCGUGGAAAUACGGAAAUACAGAGGCUUUUCAAUCUGAGCAUGAAUGCGAUUCGGCAAGAGCUGGAAACGAAUCAUGCGCCGCUCAAGGGCGAUGUCACUGUGCUGGACACACUGCUGAAUAAUAUACCCAAUUUCCGCGACAUUUCCAUCUUGCACAUGGAGGCGCUGAGCAAGUUUAAGCAACAGCAUCCAAACGUCGUAUUUCCGGCACUGUACAAGGAGCUGUUCUCGAUAGAUUCGCAGCAGGAUCUGACAUAACAAGAGCAGCAACAGCAACCGUUCCUGGAGACGACCGCGGAUGAGGUUGCCGAGGAUGCGGCUGCCACGGGAUGUGCCCUGCCGCUGGUGGCAUCAACCGCUGGACCCCCGCAGCAGCCACAGCAGCCACAGCAGCAGCAGCUGCUCGAGGACUGAGGGAUUAAGAAUGGCAAAGGAUACGGCGGCGGCAACAAUAAUUAUUUCAGUGCAAUCACUGCGCGGAUACAAGAACUUUAUCAUGAUUUAAGCUAGCAUACAACCAAGGAUGUGAUCCUCGCCAAGGACUCACUUAAAAAAAAAAACAAAAAACACAGAACUCUUAUAUAUACACGUAUAUAUAUAUAUAUAGAUAUAUAUGAGCUAGAAAAGGGAUGGGAAAAUAUUUCAAAAAUAUUGUUAACUCAGUUAAGACUUUUUUGCUUCGUAGAGAAACCGAAACCGAAACCGAAACAGAAACCGAUUGCAUUUCGAGCAAAGGGCAUCAAACUCUGAUUUACGAAGUUAUACUAUGUAUAUGUACGAUACGUAACCUUUGACUUCUCAUAUCCAGGUCCCGAGCAGAUGAGUAACUAUAUCCCCAGACUAAGUACUUAAAAGCAAAACCCCCUAAUGCCCAGAUAUACAAAGAUCUAGAAUCUGAAUGAAGUCCUAAAUCCAUUUACCCCUUUGGUUAGUUCUCUGUUUCCAUAAAACCCGAUACCGAUCCCAAUUCCGAUUCCGAUCCCGCCUAGGUUGUCUUUGCCUUGUGUUGUAACUAAAGUAUAUUGUGUAUUUUAUAUACAAAAGAUGUAUGUAUCACUAUGUCUUAUAUAUAUAUCGGUUUUUUAACAACAAAACAAUUAUUUCUUUGUAAACAACAACAACAAAAUCGAAUAUCUCGGAAAAUGUGUUCUUAUAAUUAUAUUGAUUAAUGCAAUUACAAUAUAUAUUUACAAUUUACCGUUACGUUUUUACAUUUUACAUAAAGUAAAACAGCAAGAUUAAGUAAAGCUAAAUAUAAAACGAAGAAUGAAGAUGAAGAUAGAGAUAAAGAUAGAGUUGAGGAUGAAAUAGAAGUUAAAAAGUGAGCGAGAAGAUGGAAAUUUCAAGCAAGCACAUAAAAGUAUGCAAUAUUUUUGUUUAAAAACAAUUCUUUAUUAGUUUCUUAUUAUAUAUAUAAAACAAAAUAUAUAUAUAAACAAUAAUUAAUUACGUACAUAAACACACACGUAUAUCUAGGGCUCUAUAUAUUAAAGCAUGAUAGACAAAUCCCAAUCCGGUUCCAAGGUUUAGUAAAAAAAAAACAAGAAAAUAAAGAAAGAAAUAAAACACAAAAAACAAAAAACAUUUUUGAUAUGAAAUCCUAUGCAUAAUUACAAGAAAACUUUUAUUGUUUCUAAGAUUACAACUUAAUGAAAACAAAAAAUUUAAAACCAAAACAGACUGACGGACCGAAACCGACAGCAAGCCGCCCUCCCACAAUCACCCACCACCCCCCCAAUCCUCCCCCCUCAUUUAACCAAGCAGAAAUCUUAAAAAAAAACUAAUAAUUGAUUAAAAACAAA